UUUCACACUUUUGUGCAAUUUGCGUAAACAAUUAUGACGACUGGAAACGAAGCUGAGGGGGAUGAGGAGAACCAGGGCAACGCAAGCACCUUUCCAAGACCACAACUUCCCCCGGAGCUAAUGGACAUCUUCAAAUCUCUGGCCGAAAACAAUAAUAUAGUCUUCAAGUCCCAGCAAAUUGAUGACCCGGAAAUUCCAUUCGAGGAGAAACAAGAAAUCGCACGAGAUGUCUUCGAAAAGAACCGGGAGAACUUCCUCAUUCGCUUUGGAGCCCACCUGAGUGUAAGACAAUUGGGCUUCUUUGAGGAUCUGGCUGUCAAGGAACCCAUCAAACCCGAUGAGAAUCUGGAGGAGAUGUGCCUGCUGCUGGAGGAUUUCCGGAGGAAACUUAGCACUCGUUCAGUUUGCAUUAAGAAUCGAAGGUACCACGCCAUGCAGCAGCUUCUGGACAAAGGGGAAUACUUCAGCGAGCACGAGAUGAUGCAAAGGGCUCCCGAUCUCUACCAGGAACUGGUGGGUCAAUACCUAACGGAGGCGGAAAAGAAAGCCCGGGAUAGCUACGAUGUCAGGAACACCAGUUUCUCGGGAAUACUAAUGCACACGCUGGAAAAGAAGCAAAGGGAUGAAUUGCUAGAAGAAACUCAGCAGGAAAAGGAGGAGCAAGUGGAGGUCAGGAGUGAUAAUGUCCCUUCCGCAGACUUUGAAGUCCCAGUAGCCUGCCGAAAGCAAUGGGGUGGCUUUGAGGACGACGAACCCGUUGCCUGCUCAACAAGUCGAAAUGCUGAGAUUCGAGUUCCCGCCAACAUCACAAAGAUCUCCACGCCGGAAUACUAUAAUCCUGGAGAGCGGGAACUGCUACGCCACGAGUUCCUGAGCGUAAUGAAGGAACGAUUUCUGAGUGGGGAGGAUAAGGAUUUUGAUUACACUGCCGUGGAUGAUAACACUUUGCUGGACGAUCUGAAGCAAAUUGAGCAGGAUGAGGAAGAUGCCUAUUUUGAGGACAGCGAUGAUGAAGAGGAACUCAUGGAGCACCCUUCAGAGGAGAAGGAAGCCUCCAGCGAAGAUGAGCUGGACAUCUACAUGAGGCAUCUAAGCAAUCACCACAGUCUGCAGCAUUAGAUGACGAUAAAAAUCAAUAUCUGUAGAGCAAAACCUUUAAAAGGACCCUCAACACUCUGCAGCAAUAGUCUUUAAUCUUAAUCUUAUUCUUAGCCUUAACAAAUUUUGAUCUUAGACACUAGAAUACAUGCAGUUGUUGAGUAAAAA